CUCUUGCGCCGCGUGCUGAGCUGCCGCGCCUCCCACAGCAAGCGAUGGGCUUCGUGCGGGACGAGUUCCACGAGCACGACGCCAUCUCCGACAUUGGCGACUCGUUCCGGCGCAUGCUCGUCUCGGAGCGGCGCUCUGCCAGCGCGGCCAGGUCGCUGGAGGUGCCGCCAGCUGGCAACGAGGAGCUCGUGGAUGCCGAGACGCGCACGGCCAUCACGCGCUGGCGCAGGAUACCGAAGCACAUGUACCCGACGAAGCUGCAGCUGACCAUUCCGCACCACCCGUGGAUCGACGUGGGCUUCCCGUGGCCGGCGCUGCGCGACCGGAUCCUGACGCUCACCGAGGAGCGCAUCAUCGACGAGGAUGAGCUCUGCGCCGACAUGAUCAUGCCGGGCUCCUACGACGGCCAGCAGCCGUCGUUCAUUGUGUGGGGCAGCGAUGCGCUCGACGAUCGGGCGUGGGAGAUGUCCGAGGGCUUUGCGCAGCGCUGGCCCAUGCUCAUCGACGAAGAGAUGAUCAAAACGUGAGUUCGUCCCGCUACACUGUCCUCCCGUGCGGCGCUGACGUGCUCCGGCAGCACAAACUUCUGGCGCAAGCAGCGCGGCCUGGAGCCGCUCUCGCUGCCGGAAC